UGGAUCAUGGCACAAAGCCCGCGGACUCCUGCAAAGCCUCCCAAAAGGAAACGGCACCAACGGCACCCCUGGAGGAGAGGGCGAGAAGCGCGUAGACUGUCAGGACCCAAAUCUGUCAGUCCGAACAACUCUAGCAACCCAAUCCAACAAGGUCAUACAUACAGCGAGAAGCUGCGGGAAGAUGUCCACGAAGGGUCCGGGCCUGAGCCCAGCAAAGAUGUCGAGGCAAUAACACAGCAGAAAGAAAUAAGUGAGGCAGUGAUACUGGAAAACGAUGGCGAACACGUUUACGAUGCUCAAAAUGGGGUUUGAAGAAUUCCCACGUUAUCUUCCAUUUUUGAGAAAAGCAACAAUGUCCGAUGCUGCACAGACCGCACUGCUCGCCCUUAUCGAGAAAGGGCCCUAUACCGGCUUCAUUCUGCAGGACAAACUACCGUGGGUGUCCGGUCAAGACAAGCCCGGUUCACCUGGUAGCGAGUCUCCCUGCUCGUCUCCUUCACCUUUGACACGCAGCUCCGGCGAGCCGACGGACACGGUUCAACAGGAAACUGCCGGAAGUGACCGGCCAGACGGCCUGCCGGUGCCGUCAACGUCGAGUUCGUCUUCAACGCCUCAGCAAAAAUCUCUAUCAAUACAGCAGACUAGACACGCAGCGCCAGCAACAGUCACUGGCAAUAUCCAGUCGCAGCAGCAAAGCUCCCAACAACGACAGAACCAGGUUCCCGGUGAGCAACCUCCGGCGUUGGACAGUAGCAUGUCCGACCAUCUCCCUGAUGCUCAGGUUGGAGGGCUGUCGGAUGGUGGGGUUCAGCCCCAGGCGCCGCCCCCUGCGGGACAUCCUGCAAGGCCCUCUGCUCUUAUGGAGGCCGCGCCCCAGGUGCAACAUACUUCAUGGACGAUGAACACCGCCCCUCACAAUCCGGCUGGUCCUUCGCUCGCAAUGCCGGGAGCUGUACCAGUGUCAUAUCCUGGCCAUCUCAUGAGCCACGGAAGCCAAGUAGGCAUGCCGCAUCCCCCUCAGCCGUUUGUGAACCAUCCGGCAUACUCUACUACUCUGGCAUAUGGUUUCUCACAGCCGCAUUUUGCUGGUCACAUGCCUUCCGCCCCGCCCUACAUUGGUCCAGCGUGGCCGUCGCAACCGUCCUCUCACACAACCUACCCCCAACCUGGCCCGCAAUGGACAUCCCAUGCCGGUGGCUUCCAGCAGGCAUCGACGCAGGCCGCUGUGAUGCAACAGGCGGACACUACACUUUCUGCUCAACCCAUGGCCCAGCCACAGGGAGCAUUUGUUCAUCCGGGACAACUACAUGCACCAGCGCAGUCACAAGGUGAAGGCCUUGUAACAGAAACUGACCUGUAUGGAUUGAAUAUGCUAGGGACUCCUGACCAUCACUUUAGUGCGGCUGUGUAGAACUAUAUAUUUCUCUAUUUUACUAGAUCCUAAUACAUGAACCUCCAUUUUUCUCCGAUCUUUAUUGCGGUUUCCUUUCCUAUUUGCUCCUUUCCAGCUA